GGGUGGAAACCCCAAUAAAAAGAAGAAAAGGAGACCCCCAAUGAAUGAACCAGUCUGAGCCAUGUCCGAAGUAGACAGCGAUCUGGACGAGCACCUCCAGAAUCUGAUAGAGCGCUCUCCCUUGAACUGGACCUACGCAAUCCUCUGGCGAUGCUCCUCUCCCCGCUCCCUCCUGUCCUUCCACCGCGGCUACUGCAGGACCACCGGAAAGCCCCGCCACCUUCGCAUCCUGGGAUCGCGCAUCACCGCCGCCGAAUCGCUCAGCGACGCGGAGUGGUUCUUCAGAAUCUCGGCGGCGCAGUCCUUCCGCGUGGACGAGGACUUGCCCGGCCACGCUCUCUGGGGUUCCAGCCCGGUGUGGGUGAGCGCAGGGGAUUCGGAGGGUCCGCGGUGGGAGAGGGCCGCCUGGGGGAAACAGUUCGGGAUUCGCACGUUUCUCUGCGUGCCCCUCAAGGAGAGAGACGUCUUGGAGUUGGCUUCCACGCAGAUCGUAGCGUCGCCUCUCAAGGAGAGAGACGUGUUGGAGUUGGCUUCCCCGCAGAUCGAAGCGUCGCCGUUUCAUGUUAUUAAAGUCAUGGCCGAUUUCAUUUAUCCCAUUGGCCUUCCUCGCCUCUCUCCCAUUGAGCCUCAUCUUCUGAAACAAUUCAGGAAUGAUAAAAAGUUGCAUGAAAGAGCAGUUAAUGACAUGCAGAAUAGUUGGAACGACAACUUAUCUAAGCAAUCUCGAGGCAAAGAGAAGAUAAGUGAUUCAAAAUGCUCUUGGCCAUUGUUAACAGAGAUGUCUGAUAGAACAUUUUCAUACUCACACGACUAUUCCGGUCCCUCAUGAAUUUAUGAUGUAUAAUUUUCAUUAAUGAAAUUUGGGUUUUGAUUUCUAUA